UUGACAUUUAUUGACAAGUUCAGAAUCUGACAGAUUAUCGGGUGGCUGUUUACGCAUUUGUCUGAAUAGUUUUGCUUUUCGUUCCAAAUUUUUUCCUUGUGAGCAUUUCAUAAUCUUGAAAAUGCCUCAGGAAGCUGCUUUAGUGGAGCCGCCUUCACAGCGGCUCACCAAUGAAGAUUUUCGAAAACUGUUGAUGACCCCACGGGCGACUCCAUCGUCCAGCAGUCAACAUGCAGUGGGAUCUGUGCGAGAGGCAAUGGCCAAGGCUGGCCAGAAGAAAACCACAAUGGGGCCCCCAUCCGAACGCAAUGAAGCCCGUCGCAAAAAGAAGAAUUUCUAUGCAGCUCUCAAAAAACAGGAGGACAAUAAGCUGGCGGAACUCUCUGAGAAGUACCGAGAUCGCGCCAGGGAACGUCGCGAUGGGGCCAACCCCGACUAUCAAACCGUGGAGACUCCCGGACAUACUAACAGCGCGUACCGAGCCGUUGCUCCUGAUAUAAAGUCCGGAAUCGAUGCAGCAGAACGUCGUCGUCGGCAGAUCCAAGAAUCAAAAUUCUUGGGAGGUGACAUGGAGCACACUCACUUGGUCAAAGGUUUGGAUUACGCCUUGCUCCAGAAAGUACGGAGUGAAAUCCAGUCCAAAGAAGCUGAACAGGAGAAGGAAAUGGAGAAGCUUGUCGAGGAGGCUGAGGUAAUUGAAAAGGUUGAGGAAAAAGUUUCGGAUGAGCCUGAGUUCAAGUCGAUCAUGGGGCGGAACAUAUUCAACUACGUGACAGCUUUGCGAUCGCGACAAAUUAUUCGUAAUGAAUUGUUCGCGCCAGGCCGUAUGGCGUAUGUGAUCGAUCUUGAAGACGAGAUCAAUGAAACCGACAUCCCAACAACUCUAGUCCGCAGCAAAGCCGAGGUCCCCAUCUCAAACGACGACAUCCAAACUCUGACCACCAACGACAUCGUAAUCAACAAAUUGGCCCAGAUCCUGUCUUAUCUCAGAGCUGGCGGUCGCGCGAAGAAAAACAAACGUCGCGACAAGGAUAAGCCAUUGUUCAAUGAGAAUGAGGACCUUAGGCGAUCGGGACCGACGGAUGUGGGCAUCUAUGACGACUUGGAUGAAUACAAGCCCGAUCUCGAGCGAAGAGACGGAAAAUCAAAAGAGUCGGGAAGUCGCGAUAAGAAGAAGGAUAAGUAUCGCGAUGAUAGGGAUAGGGAUCGUGAUAGAGAGGGUGAUCGGGGACGUGACCGUGAUGAGGAUGAAGAUGAACAUGAAGACCAGGCCAAGGAGAGGAAAUCUUACAAUUAUUUCGAUAAACCGCGUGAAGAGAAGGAGCCAGAGCCAGAAGUGCAGACAGUUCCACCACCACCAAAAAUCUCACAGAAUCUCAUGUGGAAAUUUUCUAAUGAGCCUGAAGGCUAUGCCGAGUGUUAUCCUGGUUUGGAGGAAAUGAAUGAUGCUAUUGAUGACUCAGACGAUGAAGUUGACUACACGAAAAUGGAUUUAGGAAAUAAGAAAGGUCCAAUUGGUCGCUGGGAUUUCGACACCCAAGAAGAAUAUUCAGAUUAUAUGAGCUCUAAGGAAGCACUCCCCAAAGCCGCUUUCCAAUAUGGUGUGAAAAUGCAAGAUGGACGUAAGACGAGGAAACAUAAGACAGAGAAAAGUGAAAAAGCUGAAUUGGAUCGUGAGUGGCAAAAGAUUCAGAAUAUUAUUCAAAAGCGGAAACUGAAAGGUGGCGAUGAUGAUGGCCCAGAAUAUAAAACGCCUAAAUAUUAACGCAAUCUAGUUUAAGUUGUAUUUAGUAUUCGAGUUGAAUUUGUCUGUCUUACCCUAAAUAAUAAAAUGAAUUUUAUUUGAUGAAAAACAA